AUGGCACAACACCCAGAAAUUCUGUGGGCUCAGCGGAGCUCUGAGAUUGAUGAGGAGAAGAACAUCUUAUUCGUCACCAUCAACCUUCCAGAUGUAAUCGAGUCAUCGCUCCAGUUCGACCUCAAGCCAACAGGCAUCACCUUCAAGGCCCGCGUUGGAGACGCGUCCAAAGGAAUCCAAGAGAAAGAGUAUGCCUUCGAUCUGGAAUUUUUCAAGGAGAUCGACCCCGAGAAAUCGGUAAAACGCGUCAGCUCCCGCGCAUUGAAUCUAACACUGCGCAAAGCUGAGAAAGCUGCCGAGUACUGGCCUCGCCUUACCAAGGACAAGACCAAAAAAGCUUUCAUCAAGACCGACUUCAGUCGUUGGGUCGAUGAAGAUGAACAGGAUGGUGAACCAGCCGCUCCUCAAGAAGAACCUGAGGGCAUGCCUGGAUUCCCUGGCAUGGAUAUGGGCGGUAUGGGUGGCAUGGGUGGCAUGGGCGGCAUGGGUGGCAUGGGCGACAUGGGUGGUAUGGGCGGCAUGGGUGGUAUGGAUAUCCAAAAGAUGCUUGCGGAGAUGGGUCAAGGCGGUGCGGGUCCCUCCUCUGGCGAGAUCGGAGACGCGGAGGAAUCGGACUCGGAUGAUGACGGUCCCCCGCCUCUGGAGGACGCCGAGCCUGCGAAGCCAUAG